AGGCAAAAAUAAACGUCACAGGUUGCCAGCGUAUCUAACAACACUGCUGUAACACUGACAGCAGGGACACAGGCUCUGGGAAUUACCUCUCUUUACCUCACUGACUUGCUGUUUGUACUUGGAUUUACUUUUUCAACAGAGCAUUUCUUUUAUUUUGAAGCAUGGAUUUGCUUUUGGAUUCUGGCUAAUUAUGACAGAUGUCUUAAUCGUUUUUUUUUAAUGCCAGCUUUGUCAUAGGCAGAUAUUUAUAGCAGACAAAAAAUAUAGCAGACAUUUAUCAUGUCUGUGAUUGCCCUGUUCAGGGGGAAGUUAGGGCAAAAGUCACAGGACACGUCAGGGAAGCAUGCAGCUGCUGUGGCUCAGCCGAGCCAUGAGGAGGACGAUGACGAGGAUGACUCCAAGGUUGGUUUCAGCAGAGAACCCAUCCGAAGGAACUCACGCUUUUACCGGUCGAUGAGGAAAAAGAGGAAUGUUUCAUCUGAUCGGCGUGGAACUUCUCCCAGGCGUGAUGUGGACCACAGUCCAUCCAGCCGAGCAGGCGUCACCAACGCCAAUACUCCCUUACCCCACAAAUCACCUUUGUUGCCCGACUCUAGACGAUCUGUGUUGCCAAGCAAUGGUGAUUCCAGAAGCAGACAUGCUCGGUACACCAAGGAUGCUGUGGAUAAGAGAAGAGAAGGUGUGGGUGGAGGAAGUGCGGACAUAUCGGCAGCCUCCAACAGCCAGCAUAGAGAUUUAACAGAUGACAAGAUCUCUUACAGGAUUCACAACGUUCAUAGUGGAGAAAUAAAAAAGCUCUCGGAGAAAACAGCUGCAGCUUGCACUGUGCAGGAGGUCAGAGGGACAGAAAUGAGCUCACAACAGCCCAGUUCUAAUGGAGCAGACCGGGAGUACUUCAGCCGCAGGUUGCUGAGCAAUGGACAAGGCUCUCAGACGAUCACCCACAGCCUCAACAUCAUCAAAAACAUUGCCUUCUUGUACCAAGAAUACCGGGAUACCUCCAAGCAGCAGGAGAUCGAGCAGCGGCGGCAGCGUGACAACCUCCCUCCCGGGGUAACGACCGGGACCUCUGUGACAGAGCCCGGUGUUGUGUCUCCACCAGCGCUCCAGCUGCAGCUGAGGAACAGCGCUCGCUCACUGAGCUUAUGGCAAAACUUGGAGGCCGUGCAGGCCAGUGGGCUGCUCACUCGGUUACUGCACAAAGAAAUCAUAAUGCAAGAGGCCAUGUUUGAGCUCGUUACCUCAGAGGCAUCCUACUACAAGAGCUUGGAGAUUUUAGAGACUCACUUCCUACGUAACGCCGUUUUAAUCAACACUCUCAGCCAAUCCGACAUGCACUUCCUCUUCUCCAACAUCGAGGAGGUCAUGAAAGCCAGCGAAAGGUUCCUGAUGGACCUCGAGCACCGAAUCGAGGAGUCCAUUUUGAUCUCUGACGUGUGUGACAUUGUUUACUACCAUGCAGUGGAGCACUUCAGUGUCUUCAUCAAAUACGUUAUUAACCAAGGAUACCAGGAGAAGAACUACAGGCGCAUUUUAGAGGGAAACCAGGCAUUUCGGGAGACGAUGGCUGCACUGGAGAACCAUCCGCGUGUCCGAGGCCUUUCCUUUACCUCCUUCCUCAUCCUUCCCUUUCAGAGGAUCACAAGGCUCAAGCUGCUCGUGCAAAAUAUCCUGAAAAAGGCUGAGGAAAACUCUGAGAGGGAAGCCAAUGCUAUAAAAGCUCAUCAGCAACUGGAGCAGAUUGUCAAAGAGUGUAACGAAGGGGUGCGAAAAAUGAGCCGCACGGAAGAGCUCAUCAGAAUUGAGAAAACACUGGAAUUCAAAUCCAAGUCCGUGCCCAUCAUCUCUCACUCACGCUGGUUACUAAAGAAGGGUGAAGUGCAACUAAUGUCAGGACCAAAGACCACGAGAACCAUGCGGAGUCGUAAACUCUACCAGCCAGUCUACUUGUUCCUAUUUAACAAUCUGCUGCUGGUCACCAAGCGGAGCUCCAGUGGGGACAAGUUCCAGGUUCUCGACUGGUGCACGCGGGCCAUGUUGAGGACUGAAGACCUCGAUGACCAGGGCCAGCUGCUGGCCAGCGUGUUCAACCUGAAACUACUGGAGAACCAAGAGGACCGUGCAGUCAACUACAUGCUGAAGACGGCCAGUAUGAGUGACAAGCUGCGAUGGAUAUGUGCUCUCACUCCUAACCGACGCACUCGCUUCAUGUCCAGCACCAGUGCACAUCAAGCAGACUCUCCACAGGUGCAGUGUGUUCAGUCGUACUCUUCUCAGGAGCCAGAUGAACUCUCCAUUGAGAUGGCAGAUGUUUUGAACCUCCUAGAGAGAACAGAUGAUGGCUGGAUGCUGGGUGAAAGGCUCCAUGACGGUGAGAGGGGCUGGUUCCCUAGUCGCUUAGUGGAGGAGAUUCAGAGCAAAGAGGUCCGAGCCCAGAACCUGAGAGAGGCCUUUAGGAUCCAGCAAGCCCAGGAAGGUGGAGGAGGCCCACAAACUUCAAGCAGGGCUGCACUGGGCAGAGCGGGCAGACGCACCGCAAAGAUGUCCAGCUUCUCCACUUCUUGGACUGAUGAAAUGGGGGAAAGCAGUGACAUGAAGCAGUGAAAUCAGUAAAAAAAAAAGAAAUUGACGUUUUCAGGACCAUUAUGCACUAAGAGAAAAAAAACAACAACAUAAUAAUCAGGAUACACACAACCAUUCCAACACUAAGACACCUUGUCCUUUUGAUUUUCAUUUAAAAGUGGAUGGUUUUUAGAGAUCCACACUUUUGUCUCAGUGAUCAAAGUGCUUGAACAAGAGAGGCUGCAUGUCUCCUAAAAAUGUGUCGUGAAUGUGUGUUGUUGGCCCUCACUUUAUGAAGUAUAAUGCAUGACACAAAGCUUUGUGGUUGGACGGAAGCUUCGUUUGGUAACGACUUGAACCCUAACAGUCCAGAGCCCCCUCUUCCACUCGCCUCGGCACGACGCGGUUAUUUUGCGUUCGAUGUACUGUAAGCUGCUGCAUGGGCAAGUUUUAAAACUUUUAAUGUGUUCAUGUGCACAUUUUUAUUGUAAAAAUAAUCACAACGUAAGCAUUUAAGUGUACAGUGGCACUGAGAGCUCAAUGCUCUGCAAAGCAAAUGCAAACAAAUGAGAGAGAGCUCCGUCAGUUUGGCUCAUAGGCUUUAUGAAUAAAUGGACGUCGUCUUCCGGUUUGAAAAGUGAAGCAUAGGAAGUAGUUAGCCACCAGGGGGCGAUUCUGCUGGUUGCAAAGAUAAAUGUGUUUGAAUGAGUCUACGGGAAAAUGCUUAUUGAGCUUAGUGAGCGUUUUCCUGAGGAGUCAUUGGUCUAAAUUGCAAGAUUUAGGUUUUCGUUAAAAGUAUGUGACGUUUAUUUUGUAAAUGAUGUUCUCAUUUCGAGGAAAAAAGAUACGAGUGGACACCACUGGCUUUAUAUUAAAUGUGCAAAAUUGUCUUCCAGUUUUCCCUCAAGAAACCGAAGCAGAAGUACAAUAUAUUGAAUAGCCACCAGGGGGCAACUCCACGGUAAAAUUCACCUACUUUCCAUUUGAUUUAUGACGUUAAUAAACUUAAUGGUCUCAACAGCUAGUUUCAGGUCUUCUUCAAAAGAACGUGAUGUCAGUUUUAUUAUAAAUGAUGUUCACGUUUUGAGGAGAAUGGACCAAGCACAGAAACGGAGUGUGAUUGACAGCUAAUAUUGGACAAAUCUUCAGUCUCAUGGCUUCAAAUUUGAAAAUUAAGAUCAUUCUGACCGGCUUCAAAACUUUGAGUUCAUUUUGCAACCGGAAGACUACGUCCACCUUUUAUAAACAGUCUAUGAUUUGGCGACAUAUGCAGCAUUUAGGGACAAAAAUGUUUAUGUAUGAGGAGAUGAUUUCAAUUUUUCAAAGAAUGUCCUCGCAUUUUAAAACUUGUUUGAAUGUUUUUAAGAAUUCCUCUAAGGAUUUAUUUUUUUUUUUUUUCUUUCCCGACGAUGAAUGGUUGAAACUUGAGUUGUGCUGAGGCUACUUGGAUUGACUGGCCAACAAAGGCCUAUUUGUUUGGUGAUUCUAUGCUGUGCAAUGGACCCCCAGAUUCUCAUUGUCAUGACGAGUCCUCCUGCUGCGCUGAAGAGCGAACACAAGCUGAGCGCAGCCUGUGGUCUAUGCUGUCAAAAGACAACAAAUCUGGACAUUAUAAAUCUGCAGUGUUUCUUACUCGCUGUAAACUUCUGUUUAACACACACACACACACAGGUUUGCACAGCUAUUGUUUUAAGGACUCGCAUUGACUUCAAUUCAAUGCCUAACCCUUAACUUUAACUAAGGAUAAUUCCAAAUCUUAGAACUAAUCUUGAGGUCCUCAGAAAUGAAUUUCUGCCUCAUUAGAACCAGGUUUUGAUCUCCAUGGGGACUACUGGUCCUAAUAAGGUCAGUGUUUAUGCCAGUACAUAAGUACACACACACACACACACACACCAUCUUCCUCUAUCUCUCUUGUGAUUGAUGCCAAAUAACUGCAAUAUGUUGUAAAAAUACUAUGGAUCAGCCUAAUUGUAAAACCUGCGUGUCUAUAAAAAUACAGUUUGUGUACAGUAAUGCAAUCCUUGAAUGUUUAAAAUAAUAGUAAACAAAUACUUCAUUUUGUAAGAUGUAAAUUAUUGUUCAUAAAAAAGCAAUGAUCAGA